GAGUCACUCCCUCCUGAGCUGCAGAAGCAAAUGGAGCUCCUGGGAGCAGCCACUAUUGUCCUUCUAGUUUGCAUUGCUUGCCUGCUUUCUGUUGCAGCAUGGAGAGGGAAGUCUGGAAAGGGGAAGAUGCCCCCAGGACCAGUUCCCCUUCCCAUCCUAGGUAAUGUGCUGCAGGUGAAACCAAAGAACAUGGCUAAAACCUUCCAGAAGCUCAGUGAAGAGUAUGGACCAGUGUUCACAGUGCACCUGGGCUCUGACCCAGUGGUGGUCCUGCAUGGACAUGAUGUGGUGAAAGAAGCCUUGGUUGAUCGUGCGGAUGAGUUUGCUGGCAGAGGACACAUGCCAAUAGGAGACAGGGCUAACAAUGGAUUAGGGAUUGUGUUUAGCAACAACGAGGAGUGGUUGCAAGCUCGGCGGUUUGCUCUCAGCGCUCUGCGCAACUUUGGAAUGGGGAAGAGGAGCAUUGAAGAGAGAAUCCAGGAGGAAAUUGAGUACUUUCUGGAAGAGAUUGACAAAACAAAGGGAACACCUUUUGACCCAACCUUUAUCCUGAGCUGUGCUAUCGCCAAUGUCAUAUGCUCCAUCGUCUUUGGGAAACGAUAUGACUAUAAAGACAAGAAGUUCCUGGCUUUGAUGAACAACAUGAACAACAUCUUUGAGAUGAUGAAUUCUCUCUGGGGACAGCUCUACCAGAUGUUCUCAAACAUUUUGGUUUACUUGCCUGGCCCACACAACAACAUAUUCAAAGAAUUUGAUUCUCUAAAAGCCUUUGUGUCAGAGGAAGUGAAAGUACACCAAGCCUCCCUAGAUCCCACUUCCCCUCGGGAUUUCAUCGACCUCUUCCUCAACAAAAUGCAGGAGGAGAAAGACUGUCCCAGUUCCACUUUCCACAUGAAGAACCUGAUAACCACCACCUUCGACUUGUUCAUUGCUGCAACUGAGACAACUAGCACCACCAUAAGAUACGGGCUUCUGCUUCUUCUUAAACACCCGAAGAUACAAGAGAAAGUUCAAGAAGAGAUUGACCAGGUCAUAGGACGAUCACGAAGACCUUGUGUGGCUGACAGGACCCAGAUGCCCUACACAGAUGCAGUGGCCCAUGAAAUCCAGCGCUUCAUCUCCCUCAUCCCCAUGGGCCUCCCUCACACUGUGACUAAAGACACACGCUUCAGAGAGUACGUCAUUCCAAAGGGCACUACGAUUUUUCCCAUCCUCAAUUCUGUCCUCCAUGACAGUAAAGAGUUUCCAAACCCAAAUGAGUUCAACCCUGGACAUUUCUUGAAUGCGAAUGGCACCUUUAGGAAGAGCGAGUUCUUCAUGCCCUUCUCAGCAGGGAAGCGAAUAUGCCCUGGAGAGGGCCUGGCACGCAUGGAGAUAUUCUUAUUCAUGACCACCAUUUUGCAGAACUUUACCUUGAAGCCUACUGUCAAUCCCCAGGAAAUCAACGUAAUCCCAGUGCUGAGUGGGACAGGCAAUGUACCUCCUGCCUACCAGCUCUGUGCUAUCCCCCGUUGAAAAGCACAAAACCGUUCUCUGCACUCUACCACUCCUUCUCCUGGGUAGAAAAUUGACUCUGUCCCAGCUGAAACCAGGACACAUGUCCCUUAAUAAAAACAAUUGCAGGAGCAUUGGCCCACCUUUCCAAGGCCUCCAAGAAGGCAGCCCAAACACAGGUACAGACACAGAGUAGACGCCUUCAAAGCCUCCCAGAACUGCUCCAUCACAUCUCAGGGAGGCCUUGGGUGUCAUUAUAGCCUGUUGCACUGAUACUCUGUCCAUGGGCUCAUUGAGUGCAGUGGCUGCAUCAAACAGCCGAUUUUCUCACAAAUGGCUCUUGCCAUGACAUGUUUCUCCUUCAGCAUGGGCCCCCCCAAAACAGCAGCGUGCUUUGCAUGUGGAUACCGCUGUAUGUGUCUUUGUUAAUGACCCAAUAAAGAAAAAUCUGUUUGAAAAGA